AUGUCUCUGGUCCACCUUGCCAAUGUCGCCUCACACCUGCAGAACGCCAGCAAGGCCCGGCUAGGACUGACAUCAGUCCCCGACACGAAAUUCCACCUAAAGCUGAUGCUCGCACUACAAAACUCGGGCUUCAUUUCGACGGUGGUGCGUGGCGGACCGACACCACCUCCGGCGCACAACCUUCUCUCACACCCCUCAUCGACCGACCCGAGCGCACCGAUCGAGGCCGUGACGAGACACAACAUCGCAUCACGGCGGCUGUGGGUUGGGCUGAAAUACUGGAAUUCGGAACGCGUGCUGGAGGAGGUGUCGCUGAUCUCCAAGCCCACGCGCCGCAUCUGGAUGGAUGUCGAGGGCAUAAAAGAGCUGGUUCUGGGCAAGAGGCACGGCUACGUCAAGGGCCUGACCAGGCCCGGUGAGUGUCUGUACGUGAGCACCGACCGUGGCAUUUUCGAGAGCAGGGACUGUGUGGAGAAGAAAAUCGGGGGCAUGUUGAUAUGUCGGGUCAGAUGA